CCCACUGGUAUGUCGAGCGGCUUUGGAACAAGGCUCGUCGACUUGAGCUACGUCCAAGAAGACGCUCCAGUCGAUGGGCUUCGGGCAUACCUACGAAGGAUCCAAGGCGUGGACACGACGCCCGAGCCAUGCCCUGCCUUUCCACCACUGGCGAUUCUUCCUGCCAACCGCACGGCUUCAAACUACACAGCCGAAGCAUUGGCCGCCAAAGCGAAGACUCUCUGCUGGUCUUUCGUGGCAUGCUUCACCGGCAUUGCCAUCCUAGCGUACAUUCAUUACAACUUGCAUGCAACUUACGCUUCUGGUGUCAAGGUCCUGUCGAUCACGGGCUCAUUUGGAGCCAUGGCGAUUCUCGUGUUUGGCGCAAUACAUGCGCCACUGGCCCAGCCCAGGGUUCGUCCAUUUCAUUCGGCUUCUUCGUUCGUAUUGCUGAAGCAACCCUUAGAAUUGCAUUGUCGGCAAUACAUUGAGUGCAUUUGUCGGAGUUGCAAUCGCCGACCUCUUCCAUCACGUUGCCCCUGGGGAUGAGUGGAAAUGGCUCAGCUGUGCCCUCGCCAUAUCAAUCUCCCUCGUCGCCAUGCAACUCACCGACACGGUGAAUCCACCAGGGGGAGCGUCGGCACUUCUCGCCGUCACAUCUGGUCGCGAGAUCCAAGACCUAGGGUACUUGUACGUAGUCAUACCCGUGUUCACAGGCAGCUGCAUUCUUGUGCUGGUCAGCGUUUUAGUGACGAAUGUGCAGCGCCAAUACCCUCGCUACUGGUUCUCGAAGUGACGGCGGAGCAUCCAACUCCACCCCAAGAAGCCUCAUGGAAGGAAUCGGUCUUUGGCACGCCGCUUUAAGCCAUCCAUGCCCCGCAUCCCCGAAGUUCCGAG